AUGAUUCGCAACGUCGUCGUCCUGAGCGGUAACUCGCACCCAAAAUUCGUCGACAGCGUCUGCAAUUACCUGGGCAUACCGCCGGCAAGCCGCGUGCUGGAAAAGUUCUCGUCGGGAGAGACACGUUGCGAGAUUAGGGACUCGAUACGUGGGAAGGACGUAUACAUCAUCCAGUCGUUUGGGGUGGGAACCAACAGAAACGCGACCAACAAUAACAACAACAACAACACCGAUGGAUCUUCGACUUCAGCUACAGCGGAAACAGGCCAUGUCACUGUCAACGACUACUUCAUCGAACUCUGCAUCAUGAUAUCGGCCUGUAAGACGGGAUCUGCCCGCAGGGUCACGGCCGUCCUGCCGUUCUUCCCUUACUCCCGCCAGCCAGACCUGCCGUAUACCAGCACCGGGGCGCCAUUGGUGUCUAGAAAUCACGAUGCAGUGACAAUGACAGUUACGGAAGGCCAAGGGAGUGUCUCGUAUACGUUUGAGAGCGUCCCGCCUACCCCGGCCGCACACAUCCCACGAACUGCCGGUCUGGCUAACGGCAUGUCUAAGCUCGCUAAUGGCCUGUCCAGCAGCAGCAGCAUCACCCGUGGCAGCGACAUCCGCGACAUGGCUAAGGUGAUGGUGACGGGACCGGCAAGCGACGCUGGUAGUAAGUCGUUGGGGGAGAAGCAGCCCCAACAGCAAAAGGCAAACGACAAGUUCACCACGCACGACUUCGAGAACCCGGCCAUGGCAAUGGCGUUCCAACAAAAGGUCGGGUUUAAGCCGAUGAUGGCGCAGGCGGGAUCGUUGAUUGCGGAUUUGCUGACGUGUGCGGGAGCGGAUCGGAUUGUUACGUGCGACUUGCAUGAGAGCACGUAUCAGGGGUUCUUCGAUAUUCCCGUCGAUAACCUCAUCGCCAGACCCCUCCUCAAGCGAUACAUCCAGCACCACAUCGAGAACUACAAGGAAGCCGUCAUAGUCAGCCCGGACGCUGGCGGGGCUAAACGCGCCGCUGCCAUUGCCGACAGUCUAGGUUUACAAUUUGCUCUUAUCCAUAAAGAACGACGCCGACCCUCCAAAACCCACCCAAACUACCCAUCCAUGAUGCUUGUUGGCAACGUUACCAACCGCAUCUGCAUCUUGGUAGACGACCUCGCCGACACGGCCAACACCAUCACACGCGCGGCCAAGCUGCUCAAGCGCGAAGGGGCCGUCCAAGUGGUUGCGCUUAUCACGCACGGCGUGUUUAGCGGCGACGCGAUACAAAGGAUUAAUGCGUCGGCGCUGGAUCGGGUGGUGGUGACGAACACGGUGGCGCAGGAUCGACAUCUUGAAGCUUUUGGGGCAGCUAGAGCCCGGGGGACGAAGGAGCUGCCGGACAAGAAUAAGAAUGAUGUGGACCCGAGGGUGGUUUGUGGGAAGUUGGAGGUGUUGGAUAUUGCACCUUUUUUUGCAGAGGCGAUUAGAAGGAUUGUGUUUGGGGAGAGCAUCAGUAUGCUGGUCCGGGAUGGGGAUUAAGGGGUGGGAGGAGAUGGAAAGUAGGAAGAUGUAAUUGACCUGGGAGGGUGAGGUUACAACUUGUACAGUAUAGAUGGCCAGAUGGCGUUUUCUGUCUGCGGCUGCUUCUUUUACUCACAAUCUGUAUUUCCAUGACGAAGUUUACCUUCUACCAACGAGAUCGCAAACACGCAUCCUGCACUCGA